UUUCAAUGUUGAUAUUGUAAGCAUAAAACUCUUAUUUUUUUAAUGACUCUGAGCACCUAAUUUAGUUUUAAAUGUUGAGAUUUUCUUUAGGCUGCUGUGUGAUUUGUAGAGAAAGGAUCAGACUCCACUUUCACACCACGUCUGUCUGUAAGCAGGAACAUGACAUUUAACUAAGCCUGUGCACAGAGUACCGUUUCCCUGACAUGUGUAAUAUGAAGUCAUAAUAAUGUGGACCAGGUUUUUCCCUCAUCUGGCCUCUGAGGCCCGGUCUGGACCACUGCCAGCCCCCUUACCCCACCUCUGUUCCCACAUCAGACCACCUUACAAACUGGAGGCUGUGUUGGGGGGGGGGUUGGAAUGUAUUUUGCCCUGUGUGAUGUGAUUGUUUGCAGAGGAAUGGGUUGACCUUGCCCUCUUGUGCCACACACACGCACACCAGCCCCGGCUGAGCUGGAGGUGUGUGAGACAGACCUGCUGAGUGCAGGGGGUCUGGGACCCCCGUCACCACUUCCUCUAGACAGAGAACAGAGGGCCCAGUCAGCUGAAACCAGGAUGGGACAAUAAUGAGGCAGCUAGCAUCCACCACCUUCACCUCCACCUUCACCACCACCUCCACCAGCAGCAGCAGCAGCAGCAACUCACUCCAGGUAGGACUGUUUUCACCUUUUUUUCUGCAUACACAAACAAAGAGUGAGAGAUAAAGCACAGAGGUAGAAACAAAAAAAUAUGACAUCAGGAAAAAUGCUCAAAAUUUAAAGUUUUGAAUGUUCUUUAUUGAGACUUAAAGUAACCAAGUGAAGGCAAAAGAAUAAACAAUAACUCUUUAAUAACUUUGAGUAAUUAUGUUAGGAUCUAAUGUUAAAAAAAUAUUACUUCAUUUUUGGACAGAUGAGUUUCAUUUGAUUUCUGCCAUUAAACUGAGUUUCUAUCUAGAAAGGUUUAAAAAUAUUUGGAUUUUUUUCCCCCAACUUCCCUUUUUUUUCAGAUUUUUUUUUUGAAAUAUAUUUUUUAUUUUGUACAUUUUUGUUUUUCACCCCCAAACAAUACAAUGAUGGUCUGUCAUUGAAAUUCGUUUUUUUCCUCCCAAAAUUUAAUGAGUUCAACUCUGCCAAAUCAUUUCAAAGUUUACCAAAAUCUGUAAAUAUACUGUCAGAAAGGAAACACCAAUGACUGGAAACCUCUCAAUUUAAUUAAUUCGCCUAUAAGAAAUGAACGUAGGAAGACAAAUCGAUACAACGAAAACAGUAAUUUUAAUACAUUUUAUGAAAUAAAUCUAGUCACGUAUAUGACAACCUAAUCACGUACUACUCUGUUGUUUUUCGAUCGUAAUUGUAGAAAGACUUUGCUGAAAUUAUCGAUUUGAUGAAGCAGAAAUUUUCGGAGUAAUAAUCAUAAUUUUCACGACAAUUUUUUACAAAUAAUUUGACGGAUUUCAACAGUCAAACUUUUCGGUUUUUAAGAGUUCAGGGUCCCUGUCUGUGGUAAAAUACUGACGACUGAACAGAAUACGAACAUUCAGGCUUCAUGUAAACUAACACACGUUCAUUUAGGUUAAGGAACAUAAUGUUAGAUAUUAGUAGAGGUUAAUGGAAACAGACUGAUUUACUGUACCUUUCUUAAAUUAAAACUAUUUCAAACAACUUUUUUCUAAGAUUGAAAAAAAAAGUAUUUCGAUUCCCACUUCCUUACUUUUUAUUCUUUACAGUUUCUCCAAGACAUUUUCCCGCGUACUUUAGUUGUAGCUCGGUAAUAGCUUUUUAAUUCUGGGCACCACAAAUAAAACGGAUGUGAUAAAUCAAAUCCAGAAUAAGAUCCAGUUAAAGGUCUGCUAAAUUCUGUACAAUUGUGUCUUUUUAGUAAAUAGUUUAGUCAAGUUUCAGGGGUUUGAAGAAGCACACAGGGUCCAUCUUAUUCUUUGGUGCUCACGGUCUUCUGUAUAGUAAAAAUAUGAGAUCCCCUCUCCACAAAAAAAAAAGAAGAAAAAGAAAACCACAGUAAAAAAAGAUUUGUUUUCUAAUUAUUUGUUGUUCUGUGAAGAUGUAAUAAGAAAUCCAAGGGCACCGUCUUUGAGCUUUGAGCAGGCACAGCCAAAAUGUCUGUCUGUCUAGGACUAAAUAAGCUUAUUAGAGGGACAUCCGAGCAAACUCUAUAUCCUACACACACACACACACACACACACACACACACACACACACACACACACACACACACACACACACACACACGCGGCACAGAUCCAGACUCACUGCAGGAAACGCUUGUCGCGCUCUGCGGGACAGACUGAGCGUCGAGCUGCUGCGGGUUUUUACUCCAGAGGAAUUGAGUGUUCAGACACGGUAAGAGCUGAGGAGAUUGAUGCUUGGUGCACAAAGGUAGGCAGAGCACAUGCGCAAUCAUACAAGACUUCUGCAGACCACAUAAUAUUACUUUAUCUUCACAUAUGCUCGUUUUGUGUGAUGAUGUCUUCAAGUUUAAUAGCUCAAAACGAGAUUCAGGUCUCCUUCUGUUGAGGGAUAUGAUCAUGCUUUGGUUAAUUAAUGCUGCAUCACUCUGCCUGCACACACACACACUGUAUAUUUGAAUAAUUAAGAGUCGAACCCGUAUGUUAUGCACAUACAGCAGAAAUCUGCUCACUAACACACUGAUCCGGCGCGUUGGCCCCUCGGUGACCCCCUCAACUUUCAACUCUGAAUGCCUCCGGUCAUUGGGAUCUCAGUAAUCCAGUCAAAGUGACUCUGCUGCUGCUGCAUGCUAUAGGCAAAUCUAUGAAGUGUGUGUUUGUGUUUGUGUGCGUGUUACGUAAGUAGAGGCCUGCGUUGUUUUGCAUUUUAGGAAUUAGGUCUACGCAAGUCAAAUCACCAUCACGUCUUCGCUUUUUUCUUAGCAGCAUCCAUGAUGGGCGCCCGGAAACAAAAUAAUCUCACCAAUUAUCAUCAGAACUCUUCUUUUGCGGGGCUGGAGAUUUUAGCUCCAAAAUAUGAGGAAAAAACAUUCCCCUUUCCUUAGUUACUCCCUCGACCUAUCCAGAUGUUGAAUCCAUGCGUGCGUAAAAUAUCCUUAUUUACUCUAAGUUUCAGCGGUCAAUCAGGACAGUCACAAAUACACUACAGCUGCAUUUAUAUAUCCUAAAAACUGUGAAUCAUUGUGGUGUUUAUGCGUGCAUGUACGUGGGAUUAAAACUAAUUCAAAUGGCUCUCAUGGAACAAAAAAUAUCGUGAAAGUGGAAUAAAUGGUUUUGUAUAAAUCAUCCUAGACUGAGUGCGUUUGCGUGAGCGUAAGUCCGUUAUUGCUCGUCCGUAGUCGCACAUAUGUGUCUGUGAAUGAGCGUUUGUGUGUAAUAGAGUGUGUAUGUGUGUCUGUGUGUGUGCGCGCGUGCGUGCGAUUGGCCAGUGUCACAGCCGCGGUUUGGGCAGCAGCAGACACGGCUGCUCGUUGCAGACCUAUGAGAGCGCAGUGAUGGCAGGAGGGGGAGGGCGCAGAGUCUAAGGCGGACUUGACUCCAUUUGUAAUGAAGGAUCUGAUGAGCGGGGUUCAGAUCAGGGCUGCCACCAAGUCCAUGAGGCCAAUAAGGAGAGGAGCGAUAUAGAACGAAGGAGAAAUUACCUCCGCUUUGAACGGAUCUCGUGUCGGGAGCCAGCGGAGCGCACCAGACGCGGUCUGUACGCGCAGGGGGGGCAACGGACAACAACAGACAACAACAAGAGCGGGGAAACAACUCGGUGAUUUCUUUCUCCAGAAAGAUCCGCACAAUGGUGGAUUUCUGAGAACCACGCCGCUGUAACAGAGGAGCUGGAUUUUUGGACUCAGGGGAAAUCAAAGCGAGCAAGAAACAAAAAACGCACGCAGGCUGCAGAGCGCGCAGGAGCAGGAUGAGCGUGUUUUGUGCGUGGAGGUCAGAGCAGUGCGUUUGAGGUAAAGGCCCCGGAGGGAGCCCAUCCAAAAUAUACACUCACACGCACAACACAACACAGACACUGGCACCAGUUAGCUCGUUGGAUGUCACAAAUCUGCACUUUUAAAAAGGCUGCUUCAAUUUUUAAGUAGUGUACAAGUUGUUGUUGAGUUCAGACGCUGUAACACUUUAUGCUUCAGCUCGAGAUUAAAACUCCACUUAUUAAUAUUAAUGUGGAUCCAUUACACUUGGACAUUUGGUUUGUCAGCAGCAGAUUACAGGGACAUACACGCAGAAAAAAAAGAGCUAAAGGCUACUACAUAUAAAUGAAUGUGAAAGUUCAAGUUCGUACCCUUUUAUUAGUAUCAAUAAAAUUUUCAAUUAGUAUCAAUAUCCUGAUGGAGGUCUAUUUGGUACCCUGUGUGUUUAUGUGAAUGCCACAUAAGUCAUUUUACGCAAUCGUUUAAAGGGGAGAAUUUAGGCUAUUUUUAUGUAGACCUACUAAAUUGUUCAUAAUCGAUCAUCAUUUAAUCAAAAUGUCAAAUACAAUGCACAGUGCAUUUCAGGCAAUGGACAGUAGGUUCGUAAAAUGGACGCUGGAAUUAAGGCAAAGGCAAGCAGCGUCUCUCUUAAAAUUCUUUCCCAUUUCUCUGUCUUGCAACAUAUAUUUGUGAAGUAGUAGACUAUGUUAAAAUAAUAAAAAGUGUGUUUCUUUCGUGGCCAUAAUCUUGAUCCAAGUAGACUGGUUUAUAUCCCUGAAAAAAAAUGAAGCUCGCUCUUUUAAAUGUCUUUAAAUGUCUUGUCUAAUGUGUAAUGUUUAAGGGUCCAGCAUGCCCACUAAUCCAUCUUUGUGUUUCUGUGUGCCAGUGGGAGAUGGCUAACGGGGGAGAUCAGUUCGGCCUCGCAGAUCGCCCGGACUCGGACUGCAUGGAUUCCCCUAAAGACACCAAACAGGAAAAACCGAGCUACACCCUGAACGCACCAUCUUCGCCCCAGACAGCCUCCAGUCAGCAGGUAUAGCCCACCUGAGCCAAGAUCAGCAUGUGGCCUAAAUGAUGAUCAACAGUUACUGAUUUACUGCUGUAGGAGUAACUGUGUUUCGUGCAUUAAAAAUAAAUGUAGAGGGCUACUUAAGGCCUAAGCGCAUUGUGUUAUCAAACAAUUACUCUGCAGUUUUACUAAAAUUAAUCCAACAAAAAUAGAUGAAAUCAAGAGGAAAUCAGACAUGACAAUUACAGACAUGUUACCCUGCUUUACUUCAGUCUCUGCUCUGUUUCUGAUCUGCUGCAGGGGAUGGAAGGCAUCAAAGUUUUCCUUCAUGACAGAGAUCUUUGGACCAAGUUUGAUGAAGUGGGCACUGAGAUGAUCAUAACUAAAGCUGGCAGGUAUGAGGCUUUAUCUUUUGUCUGCUUUAGCCUUUAUGGCACUAUAUGGAUUUAUCAACUAUUCCUCUCCCCUAUAUGAGAUGAACUACAAUCUGUAUGUUUAUAGGCCUCUAUUGGACUGUUUUGUCUCUUCCGCGUGUUUUUCUUGUAAUUCAAGUAUAUCUGAGUAGAAAGGGGGAUACUUAUCGUUUCCCCCCUUAUUUCCAUGCAGGAGGAUGUUCCCAAGUUACAAGGUAAAGGUCACAGGACUUAACCCAAAAACCAAGUACAUCCUUCUGAUGGACAUCGUGCCCGGGGAUGACCACCGCUACAAGUUUGCUGACAACAAAUGGUUCGUAUAAACCCACAUCAACUUUUACGCAAAAUAACGAACCUAGAUUAGCCUACCAUAAAAUAAAAUAAAAAAUCACAUCCCUAUUUUCCACAUCCUUUAAAAAUCUGGGGAAUAAAGGGGACAUAAUCCCAACCACGCUGUUUAGAUUUUUUUCUACAUUAGAAAUCUCAUCUGCUGACCUUUGUCACACUCUAUGUAAACCGUGCUGGUGUGGGUUCACAAUCCCCUCACUGCCUCCGCGCGGUGUUAAGACCGGGUCAGGCUCACACAGACCGGGAUGGCCUAGUUCCCCGUGUUUGCCCUCUUGCCUGCCCGGCUGUAAAACCAAAGUAAGGAGGGUUCACUGUGCGGACAGGCGACAGAGACCGGAUUAAAGUCUCCUAUUGAACUUGUGUUGUGCAGCCGGGGAAUCAUCCGCAAAACAAAGGCGACUGGGGGAUUUAACGCGAAAUGGAUCAAUACUUUGUUUCUGUCUAGCACGUAUUUAAUAGACUACAAUUAAGAGCCAGAGUCACUCCACUUUAAGAGUUUAGACGGUGAUUAGCAUAUCUAUAUGAAAGGAAAAUAUAGGAAAUAUCAUGCCACUUAUUUAGCAGAAUUAGGCCUACUUUUAUGAUGAUUUUUUCUUGUUCCUGAAAGAGUAGGUUAUUUUUCCAUUUAAACCGAAAACGAUUAGGCCUUAAGGCUAUUAUUAAUAUUUUUAGGCCUUUAUUUUUCAGAGCUCGGUCAUGUUUUAUAGUAGUCCUCAUUGAUUUUCAUUUAUGUAUCAGUUAUUUUACUACUAGGCUGUUUAGAAAGGUCUGCUGCAAACACAAAAAAGAUCCCACCUGUAACAUUUUAAAUUAAAAAUUAAUGCACCCUGAACUAAAGCUCCAACAAGUGACUGGCCCAGCUUCUGGAGUCAUUUUCUUCACUGUAGCAAAAAAUAAAAAUAAAAGUAAAAAUCAGUGUAAAGCAGCAAAGCAAGGUGCACUUUGUGUCUAAUUAAAACACCAGCUAUAGGCCUCCUGCGCCACGGGGCUCCGGUCAAAGCAGAGCAGACGAACCGCUGUGACCGACUGACUGUCAAUGUCAAUGUCGCUCUGUCUCUCUCUCUCUCUCUCUCUCUCUCUCUCCACCGUAUACAGGUCGGUAACGGGAAAGGCGGAGCCAGCCAUGCCCGGAAGGCUCUACGUUCACCCGGACUCUCCGGCCACCGGGGCACACUGGAGCCGCCAACUUGUCUCUUUUCAGAAGCUCAAACUCACCAACAACCACCUAGACCCUUUCGGACAUGUGAGUCUGUGUUGUAAACGUGUGCUGACGAAAAAAAAAAACGAAGACGAAAGUAACAUAUGUUGAAUUUCAAAAUGCACACUGGCCCUGAUACAGCAGGUUAAUGGUUAGUCUCUGUAAAAAUACAUUUUAUUUAAAUCCCAAACAAACCCGAGUGGAAAUGGUCCACCGGCCAUCUCAAACUGCCAUUCUGUGCCUUUAAAAUAAUCAACAUUGAGUGAUGUUUUAAAUGGAAAAAGAGUAAUUACACAAACUACAGCCGCAGGUCCAAGCAGGCAGAGGCAGCACGUGCAGCUCUCUCUCGUGGAUGUAACUCAGCGGACAUCACAACACUGCACAAAUCACCACGAGGGCACAGCCACCGCUCGUUACUGCCAUUGUUUUAUUUUUUUCAUUCAGUAUAAACCUCUACAGUAUCCUCGUACAGUCUACACCUUCAUGUUUACAGUAUCCAGCACGAGCUGUUGUUGGGCACGUGUUAUUAAGCGCGAGCGUAAUGGUGCCCAGAGGUCGCGCGCACUAACAAACUAAACGUUAGUGUCAUCUUUCAUACUUGUUGAAUUGGACGUAAUGAUUUCAGUGACGCUAAAAUCCAUUAGCUAAUGCAUGUCAACGGCGGACACGUCAAUGUGAUUAAAGUGAGCCCCUUUAAAUAAAUAAACGUGCCCGCGAACGAGCGCGUACAUGGAGAGUCAUGAUCCAAUUAAAACCCAGUUUUACAUCAGAGUGGAUCAUGGGAAAUAGUGUAUAUUGACUGCAUGUAAUCGUUUGGAUAUUACACUAUUGACUUUUUAAGCCCCAUCGUACAGAUAUUUUACGUUUUCACUUUUAGAUAAAUACAUAAACAGUUGGCCAAAGUGUUGAACAAGCACAUGCAAAAAUGUCUUUUAGAGAUUUUUAAUUUCUGAGAAAAUCGUUAGUCAUAGUCCACAAGGUUGAUGAUCAUACUAUUAUUAAAUGUGGGCCUUACCUGAAUAUGUAAGGCAAUAGAAUACCACAAAUCUGUGGUCUUGGUAUCAAGUACUAGUUCUGGUAGUUACAAACAAAAAACAAUCAAAGAUCUUAUAGGAGAUUAAUGAAAUAAAAUAAACUAUUUUUAUUUAUUCAGAAUUUUUUUUGCAUUUUUCAGUGCUAUUUUCUGGUUAAUAUUAACAUGGAAAGACAAACUAUAAAAAAAAUGUUGUAAACAAAAGUAACUCCAAGUCUAAGUGGAGUAUUACGUCCACUUUAGGACUGCCAUACUGUUUACAUUCACUUUCUUCCAUUCACCUUCUUCCUUAUAUUUAUACUGUUACACUGUUUAUACUGGUAUGCUGUUUGUAUUGUUAUCUUUAUUUUGUAAAUUGAAAGUAUUUAAGGUAGUCUUUUGUUUGGCUUAGUUGUUAAUUCUUAUAUUUAUACUUUUAUAGUUUAUUUUCAUGCACUGUGGGUCUGAGAGGACUGAAAUUUCAUCUGUGCUGUAUGUUUAACAUGUAUAGCAUAUUUGACAAUAAAGUUGAGUUUGACUUGACUUUGAAAAACCAUAGGCUAUUCUCAGUGGUCACUGAUGUAUAGGCCUACUUUGAGUGGCACAGCUAAGGAUAACAGAAACUAAAGUGUUGCUACUUUCAUGUUAUUGAGGUCGCCCUCACCUAGCAGCAUUUGUGUGGAGUAAUUCAGACUGGAGUGGACUUGACUGGACCCCAAGCAUCUGCUUGUUGGUUUCUGGGAACCUGACAUGCCCGUCAAUCUCACCCUCUCAAUCUCUCCCCUGUGCAGAUAAUACUGAACUCCAUGCACAAGUACCAACCCCGUCUGCAUAUAGUGAAGGCAGAUGAAAACAACGGCUUCGGCUCCAAAAACACGGCUUUCUGCACCCAUGUCUUCUCUGAGACCGCCUUCAUCGCUGUGACAUCCUACCAGAACCAUAAGGUACACUUGACACAAAAAAAAAAACAGCACAAAAAAAAAAAAAAAAAUUAAACCAGGGCAGGAGACCAACCCUCAUUGUGAUCAAUAAAAAGGAAACUUUUUAAAACAUAAAAUUAAAAUAUUUUUGGAGCUUUUAAAAUUUUAAAUAAGAGAUUUCGGUGCUUUGAUUUAAACAGACAUCCUGCAUGGGAACAAUUCUAAGUAAUUUUCUCCUGUAACUUGCUGUUUAAAGUUUUCUACCUUUUCAUAAGCAGAGGCUAUAAGAUGACCUGAAAUUAUUUUAACAAUUUUGAAAAUGGAUCUCAGACUCUUUUGUGUCCAGAUCAAAACUUAAAUAUCACCAAAUCAAUAACAGUUUGAUGAUUAAAUACAGCUCUGCUCUGAUCUCUGCCACUCACCUUCAAACUGCAGUCUCUAUAAUUUACUUAACACACAUGCUGAUACACACUCUCACUCAUGCACACAAACAUCUUUCGUUAGUAAAACUGGAAUUUUUUUUUAUCCAGAAAGUGAAUUUGUGCCUUUCUUUGUAUGUGUUCUUUUCUCCGAAUUCGUAAUCAUGUCCGAAACUAAAAGAUCCUAUUUAGAGUGUGUGUCUGUGUGUUGAGUGAAACCACACAUGUGUGGGAGAGAGGGAGAGAGAGAGAGUGUGUGUAUGUUUGUGUGUGUGUGUUGGUCUGUAAUGACCUGUUUCCUUCCCUUGAUCUUGGCUGGUGCAGUUUCCUCUUCUUCUCCUGGAAAGACAGAUUGCUAAAGCUUUAAGCUCUCUGUUAAGCUGUCCAGAAUAACUCUUCAUUUAGAUCACAGUCCAAAGAAGCAUAAAUAAUGAUGAAUACCAAAUAAAUACCCUGAUUUUUUGCUGAGGCGUGAGAACAGUUUUUUUUUCAACAGUUCAGAAAAAAUUAUAAGACAUUCAAUACAAUAGAGAUCUAAUUUUUGCAUUGAUUAGUAUAAUUUUUCUUUCAUAUAUACUUUUUUGGCAAAUUUUUAGUUUUUCAAUAUUAAGAGUGUAAAGAAAAAAAUUACAUACAAACCAUUUAUGCAAGAAUUAAACUUAAACUAAUUUAAUUGCAACAUAAGUUUAUACUUUUAUACUUAACUGCUAAAUAUUGUACAUAGUAAAUUUUAGAUUAACAAUAAUAAUGGUUGGUAGCAGUAUUUUUUAAUCAAUAUAAAUGUCAAUUUUAUAGAUUACAGAUAAUUCCAGAAAGAUAGUCAUCAAAUGACAAAAAAAGGCUCUCUCUUUUUUAAGAUGUAGUUUUUAAGUUCGACCUCUCUUGAAAUAAAACAUAGUGGUUGUAUGAAAACGAGCUCAAACUCGUAUUUUGAUUGAUAACAUGAAUGCACCAACACUGCUGGUAUUUUGAAUUUUAACAUUUGUGUUUUAAAAAUGUAAUUACUAAGACAGUCGAUUCAUAGAGAACUAUCAGCCUUUCAGAGCUAAGUUUUUCAACUUAUUAGCUGUGUGAUGGACAUGAAACUCAGAGGUUUCCCUGCAUGACAUCACUGGGAAAAGUUGGAGGACUUAAGAUCAAAGCGUCGAGCUCUGGACCUCUAAAAGCUUUGGCCUGAAAUCCUUAAACCUGGCGGCUGUUUGGGUAAACUGUUUAUUCUGCGUCAGCUGGCGAGGACGAUGUUCGCUCCAUUUUAAACGUCAGCAGCUGAGGAAUGUCGGCCGUGUGAAGCUGCAGCAGCUUCAAACAUCUGCAGAGUCUCAGGGAACUAUUAACUUUCAGUUCAUGAAAAAAAAAAGGUUGAAUUUUCCGUUUUUAUGGGGUGAAGUUUUUCUUCGGGUUUAGGCAUGCACUGUGAUAUUCUGCUUGUGUGUGAAUCAAUGUGUUUUUCUGUUUUGUGCACAGAUUACACAGCUGAAGAUAGAGAAUAAUCCCUUUGCUAAAGGUUUCAGAGGCAGCGACGACAAUGAGCUGCACCGCAUGGCCAAGCUGCAAGGGUGAGCGCAACUCUGUCCGUCUGUGUGUGUGCGUGUGUUUGAGCCUGUGUAGGAAACUACUCUUCUCUCUGAGGGAUGUUAUGAUAGGGCACAUAUGGUCUAAGACCUUUCGGUGUGUGUGUGUGUGUGUUUAUUCGUGUGUGAGUAAAGACAAGCGGUAUAAAGAGAUGAAAGCCAUUGUCACCUGAAGGUUGAUCGUUGCCUGAAAGCUCAUCCAAAUUGUGCGGCACAAACAUGACACAGCAAGCAGUGGGCCUUGCGCUGCAUCGAUGGAAAGAUGAUAUCACUUUAUUUAUCGCUGCUGGUGUAUUAGACUGUCACUGCAGAUCAGCUGAUGGAUGAACAUGGUGUCUGUCUGCUUGCUGAAAUAAUCUUUUUUUAAGCGCUGCUGUGGCAGACAGUUUGGAGAAUUUAACAAGCCAUCGGGAACUACGGGGGGAGAAAGAGGGAGACCCCAGUAUUUUUGUGCUGCAGAUGAGGAGAGGGGGAGAGCCUAUCUGAAGUGACAUGGAUGGAUGUUUAUUUUUAGACCGGUGUAUUAUCUCACAGCAGCACUGAACUGUGUGAGUGCAUGAGUGUGUCUGUGUGUGUUUCACUAUCUCAGUGAGAGUCAGGGAGAUGCAGUUGGCUGUCUCUACACACCACAGAGUUCACCGAGAGGGCAGCGCGCGUAGAGAGAGAUCCGGGCUGAAAGGAUUGAGGACUCUUAAGUAGACUUGUGAGAAAAGAAAACAGAUUAGAAAGAGAAAAAUGUGUACAAACUCAGGAGAGGAAUUUUUUGUUCAACAAACCUAAAGCCAUACCAACAUCAGAUGGCAGUUUUUGCCUCUGUUUUAAUUCUCUCCGCCUUCUUUGUUUCAGUAAGGACUACCCCGUGGUCCCUCGCAGUACUGUCCGUCAGAGGGCCUGCUCCUCUGGGAGCCCCUUUAGCGGGGAAAGUCGGGGUCUGCGAGCCUCACCUGAAGCUGUUGGCUCCCCCUACAGCUGUGAAAAUGGCUUGAACAGCAGCAGUCCCCAGGAGCUGCUGAACGCACCCCCUACGCAUUACAUCCUGCCUCACCCACAUCUACAGCAUAGCCAACAAUCGCAGGUCUACCACUGCAACAAGAGGAAAGGUAGGCAGUGUCCAAGUCACAUUAAUGCUCCAGUCUCAAUAUGUAAGAAACAACAGCAAAGCUCAAAGAGGAAAUUAACAUUAAGGAAUGAAGUCUCUUCAGACAAAUUUUGCAGCCCAAUGAAAUAAAAUUGAAAUGUUGCUUGCUUGGGGAGUGGGGUAUCAACCUAAACACCAGGUUUAUUUGUCUGAGACUGAUGCAGAGUUUGUGUACAUGGUGAAGUACUUUCUAGUAUACUUGACAAAAAAGUUAAAUUCCCUAAGUAUCAUUUUUUUCUCUUGUCACAGACUGCAUGAUUUUUUAUUGCCAAAACAGAAUAAUCUCCAUAACUGAGAAAUGUACAGCAUAACUUAGACUAGAGACUUACUGAUGCAGUCACAGACAUACUUCAACUAUUUUAAAGAGAUUUAGACACACAUCAGAAUGUUAAAGUGAGAAUGAAUUUAUAGACGCUGCCUUUUUCCUCCAUCAUAAACCCUUACAUCAUGUUCGUACAUGAGAUAAUGUUAAUCUGUUCUUUUUUUGAUCAAGUGUCUAAAUGGGAGGCUGAAAAGUCUAAACUGAUAUCUCCCAGAUUUCACUUACUUUCUUUUCAAUGAAAAAAAAACAAUAACAUCCUUUGGUAAUUCUCUUUGUAUCUCUCUCUUCAGCAGAUGAGAACUGCUCUGCAGAGAAUCGCCACCACCCCUACAAGAAACCAAGCGAGGGCGAGUCCUACUAUCACCCCUCCUCCUACCCUCCUCCUCUCUCCAACACCCCUGUCCUGGGCCUCACUGACUCCCCCUACAGUUCAGACAUGGGGCAGCGUCAGGCAUGCAUGUUUGCUGGCUCAGAGUCCAGACUGGAUGAACUCAACUGUACAUCCUGGUCUUACACCUGCCCGCUGCCCUCCGCCAUGACCCCCGUGGACCCUUACCCGCCGUACACCCCCCACCCCCCCUACAACUCCAGUCCUCAGGGCUCUCGACUCAGCGCUAUAGCCCACCAGAGCUCACCUCCACUUGGGGAACACAUGGCCCACGACCCUUAUCAGAGCCAGAACUGUGGACCUCCAUCUCAGGGCUCUCAGAGCGUUCACAGCAGGCAGCUCAGCCCUCCCCUCAGAGAGUAUCCUCGCUACACGCCCAACCUGUCCCCUCCUCUCUACCACACUCUAGAGACACACACACACAUCCGGUGUGGAGUCCCAGAAUGGAGCGCAGCCUCCUAACUGUACCAGAGGACAUACAAAGACUGAUCAGUGGACAGAGAUUCCUUGUUUCAUAUUCAACCACCCCUAUGAGAGAUGCUGCGAAGCAUUCUGUCUAAAUGUGACAUUACUUGUAAAAUAAUUGUUUAAAGUGUGUUUCGUGCUGUGUGAAGAGGUUUCUUUUGUUCAGUGUGUUCUCCCCCCUGUCUGGAGGAGUUGAUCAGAAAAGACUCAACUUGGACCUCUAAAAUGCUUCCAAUGCAGGACAAUCAGAGUCAUGAUACAUGUCUCUCAGAACCCCAAAGAUUGGUGUCAUUCAAAUAUUUGCACUGUGAGUAGUUUUAAGGCCAGGCUGCUCUCCUCUCAUUGACCCCCACUUUCUGUAUUGUAAAGGAUGUUAAUUGUGACUCAUUGUUAGACAGGCAGUAACAUUUACUGACCAAAAUUAUCUCAGCUCUCACAGUAGAGCCCAGGGGAGAGAUUUUUCAGCUGCGUGCGCGGUGUCAGUGAAGGAGAAAAGGCAUGAGUUGUCUGUGUGUGCGUGUUUGUAUGUAAAGCCUAUGUCAGCUCUACUCAAAGAUGCUAUGAGUUAAUUUCCAAUGAGACAGGCAGCAGUGGCUGCAGGCGCUACACCAUAGAGAUAAACAGUUUGUUUAGACGACGCUACAGGCUGAAGGACCUGUAAACACUCCACUGCAUUCUGGGUAAAUGCACUACUCAGCGUCAUGCAGCUGUCACCGAUGUCCUCUUAGUCACCCCCAGCUGGCCAAUCAGCUUUGUCCAUAAGCCAAGAGCCAGCCAAUGACCUGGCGGCUUUCUUUUAUCCCCAGCUGACCAGUCAUAACUGGAGUGCGGCAUGUUUCAUUGUGUGCGUGUGUUGGCCCAAUUUUUGUUUGUUUCUGAAUUAUUCAUGAGUCCAGUGUCGAUCCUUGACAUGCAAGGAUUGCUCAGCAAACACAAAGAGUCGCAGGGGCUGUUUAUGUGAUAAUAUUGAUGCACCGAUUUCAAAUAAUAUUCAUUUCUGUCCCUCCCUGCUACAUCCGCACAGCGUUUAAUUGCUCUGACAAGCCUGGGUUAAAUUAAGUUCCUUGAAAAGUUGGGGAGGAAACAUUGUGGCACUUGGUGAAGAACACACACGCUGAGAUUUUUGUGAUUUUUUUGUGUAAUAAUAAAGCAGUUUUUAUAUAUCUGUGCAGGUGCUUCACAUGCAGUAACUUAACAAACCACCAGUAUUACCAGGGAAGAUCCUCGUCAUUUCUCGAUAUGUGUGUGGUUUAUGUCUAUGUGUGUAUGUGAGUAUGUGUGGGUAUUACAAUGAUAUUUUUUAUAGCCAUGUUCCUGCUCAUAGUAUUUAUUACUCUAGAUUUGUGAAGAUUACUUGGUUGUUUACAGUAUUGUACAGAGAUUUUUUUGUGUCUCUUUGAAGAAUUGUCUCUGGUUUCACCCUCCAUCUCCAAGUGGUGAUAAAUAGUUGUGAUAAAUGAACCAAAUUUUCUGUUCUAUGGAAAUAAAGACAGAUUUAUAAACAAAAA